AAAAAAGAAGCAAAAAGGGGUUAAAAUUUAGCGUUCGUAAUCCUCGUCGCGCUCAAGCAGUUUGUGUGGAUUUGAGGAUUCGGCGGAAGUUGUGGUAAUCCUUGGCGCAGCGAUACGGUUUCCCUUCUUCCUGCUUCAAACCCUAGCUCGACGGCAAUUCGUGCAGAGGAAUCUUUCGUGUUUUCGAUAUCUUUCCUUUUUCAUCGCGGGCGGAUUUUCGCUCGCCGGAUUCGUGUCCGAAUCCUUCUUUAUUUUCUAUUAUUUUCAGAUCUAGAUUUCCCUGUCUGUACUUUUGUAAUUAGUUGUAAUCGAAUGGGGGGGUGAGGUUUAAAAUUGGCGCCAGGCCCAGGAAAUGUUGUAUCUGAAGCAGCCGAACAGGGAUCUUGGUUGCAGGCGGCCGGAAAGGUGAUUGGUGGCCGCUGAUGCGGCUGAAUAGGGAUCUGAUGGCGGCGGGAGACGGCGCCGGGAGCUUUUGUUUGCAGAAGUAUAAGCUUUAUGAGACUCGAUCGAAAUUUUUCAUGAUUGGAUGGGACAAGACUAGAACAAUAUGGAAAGUUUUGUCAAUUGACAGGCUAGAGCCUUCUGAGCUGAACAUCCGAGAAGAUCCUGCAGUCUACACUGAAACCGAGUGUGAAGAUUUGUUAAACAGAAUACAUAAUGGAAACAGGUCAAGUGGUGGGCUUAGAUUUGUUACACAGUGUUAUGGAAUCAUCGGUUUUGUGAAGUUCUUGGGACCCUACUACUUGCUGCUCAUUACAAAAAGGCAAAAAAUUGGUUCAAUAUGCGGGCAUGCGGUCUUUGCCAUCUCUAAGAGCAAAAUUAUCGCAAUUCCAAAUCCUACUGUGUCGGCCAAUAUGCCAUUUUCUAAGGAUGAGAACAGGUACAGGAAGCUUCUUUGCAUGGUGGAUCUUACAAGGGACUUCUUCUUUAGUUAUUCGUUCAAUAUAAUGCGUAGUCUCCAGAAGAACUUAUGUGAUGUAAAGUCUGGAGAUGUUCUGUAUGAAACAAUGUUCGUGUGGAAUGAGUUCCUAACACGUGGAAUUCGCAAUAACCUGAAAAGCACAUUGUGGACUGUGGCGCUAGUGCACGGUUUUUUUAAACAGGUCAAGCUGUCGAUCUCUGGGAAAGAUUUUGUGUUCACCUUAAUUGCUCGGCGCUCUCGUCAUUAUGCUGGCACAAGAUACUUAAAGCGUGGUGUCAAUGAGAAAGGCAGAGUAGCAAAUGAAGUUGAAACCGAACAGAUUGUAUUUGAUGCAAGUUCUAAAAUUGUUCCAGAGAAAAUAAGUUCUGUUGUACAGAUUAGGGGUUCUAUACCCCUCUUUUGGUCACAGGAUAGUUCAUGGCUAAACAUGAAACCUGAUAUUAUCUUGGAGAAGGACCAGAACUAUGAAGCAACACGACUUCAUUUUGACAAUCUUAUGAAGAGAUAUGAAAACCCAAUUAUUAUUUUCAAUCUUAUCAAGACAUAUGAAAGACGGCCACGAGAAUCUAUCCUGCGUGCAGAAUUUGCUAAAGCUAUUGAUUUUAUAAACAGAGAUCUCCCAGCAGAACAACAUUUGAGAUUCUUACAUUGGGAUCUUAGCAAACAUUUCCGGAGAGCAAAAAAUGUGCUCGAGUUAUUGGUCAAACUUGGAUCAGAUGCCUUGUGUUUGACAGGCUUCUUCUAUUGGCAUGUGCCCUCUUCUUUAAGAAUGCCGGGUCCUUUAAGCUUACAUUUCCUUGUGAACGAUGGUAAUCACAAUAAAAGCAGCGAUGCCAUCUUCACAGGAGAUGGGUACCAGAAUGAUAAUGAAGGAAACUCUGGUUUCUCUUCAAGGAAUACUUCUCAAAGCAAUUUGGAUCAAUAUUCUUCUUUCUCCAAACCGCCAAUGCUCCAAAAGGGUGUCCUCCGUACAAAUUGUAUCGAUUGCCUUGAUCGAACAAAUGUAGCCCAAUAUGCCUAUGGCUUAGCUGCCCUCGGCCAGCAGCUGCAUGCCUUGGACUUGAUCGAUGUUCCGAUGAUCAACUUAGGUUCCCCUUUGUCCGAUGAUGUGAUGGAUCUUUACGAGAAAAUGGGCGACACACUUUCUUUACAAUAUGUUGGCUCUGCUGCUCAUAACAAGAUAUUCUGCGAGAGAAGAGGUCAAUGGAAGGCAGCCACUCAGUCUCAAGAAUUUUUUAGGACUGUUCAAAGAUACUAUAGCAAUACAUACAUGGAUCCAUUGAAACAAGAUGCCAUAAAUGUGUUUUUAGGGCACUUCCAACCGCAAGAAGGUAGAGCAGCACUUUGGGAGCUUGGCUCUGAUCAACAUUACAAUAUUGGGAGGCAUGCCGAUCCUUUUACUGGGGAGAACACAAAAUCAUUUAUUAAAAGAUCCCUUUCGGAGGGAAAUAUUCUAUGUGAGAGUGACACACCUAGUUCUAGUUCUAAAGCGGGAGAACGAAGUCCUCAAAACAUGCAUACCUCGGUGGAUACCAAAGGUCUUUCUGAGUCAACGCCCGAGAUGCCAACUUCUGAAAGAGUCGUAUCCUACUCCAAAUACAUUGCUGUUAGUUCUCGUCGGAUGCAAUUUGUUGAUAGUGACCAUGGUUAUUUCCAUCAACUUAGAUUUGAUGAGUCAAGCUUCUCAAAUUUUCUAGAUCUGGACCACAUUUCUUCUUCAGGAAAUUCGUGUGAAGAGGAAUUCUAUGAAAGGUCAUCACUUAUUAAUUCUCCUGUGGAGAAACUUUCCAGUGAAAAUGUGAUUAUUGAGUUGAAUGCUGAAACACCUUCAAAUUUAAGUUGGGAUGGAUCUAGCUGCAAGAAUGGAACAGUUACAGAAGUGGAGCAGUCGAGGGUUGGUGAUCAGAAUAUUGAUAUUGGUGAAUUUUCGGAGAGAUUUCAUCGUUGGGUUGACCAUGGAGGAUCUCUUUGCUUUUGAUCUUUAGUUUCCCUCUGAUUAUACUUAACACCAUAUACUUUGCAGUACUUGGCUUCAUCACGGCCUCGGAAAGAAAUACAUCUACCUAACAUUUAAGGAGCAGGUAAAAAAAUGCGAGAAAUUAACAAUGAGAGGAAUGCGAAGGCCCUCUACCUUUCUCCCCAAAAUGCUGAAAUUUCACAUUUUUGUUUUAUUUCAAUGUCUGUGCCAUAGUUGCCAUUCUUUCCCAUCAUAAUUGUCACAACCAUAUUUCUAAUAAUGUGUAUAUAUGUAUUUAUAUGUUUACUUUUUGUAUUUCAUCAGUUUGUGAAAUCAACGUAAAUCUAUUCAUUCCUCA